CGCCCCCCGGGGAGGCCGGCGGAAGCCCCGUAGUGGACGGAGGCUUUUUUUUCCCGGCCGGAGGGGGUUGCCAUGGAAACGCAGGCGGCAGAAAGCCGUUCCAUCUUCAUGUGCAAGUGCUGCAACCUGUUUUCGCCAAACCAGGCCGAGCUCCUGUCCCACGUGUCCGAAAAGCACCGGGAAGAAGGGGUCAAUGCAGAGGACAUCAUCAUUCCUCUGCGGCCGUUGACCGCCGAACCCGCCGAUCCCGCCCAAGGCAGACCACCGGAACCGUCGGCGGCGAAGAGGAAACGGGGCCGGCCCAAGGGGUCUACCAAGAAGCCGCACGCCUCCGAGGGCUCGGUGGAGAACAGCGGCGGCAGCCCCAGCGGAGAGAAUGCUCUGGGGGCCACGGCGGAGGAGGAGGAGGAGGAAGAGGAGGAGGAGGAAGAUGAGGGCAGCCCCUCGGGCCCGCCGCCGGGCCCCCUGGAGUGCCCGAAGUGCGGCCGGAGGUUCUCCAACGGCCGCCAGCUCAGGAAGCACAUCUGCAUCAUCGUGCUCAACCUCGGCGAGGAGGAGGGAGAACCAGGUAAUGAUUCUGACGUUGAACUUGACAGGAAGGAUAAGGAAGCCGAGCGACAAAGAGCGGUCCGACGGCCCCGGGUCCAGAGAGCUGAGCGAAUCCAGAGGGGCGGCCUGGCCAAGGACGCGGGGCCCGGCCCAGGGCCUAAAAACCCCAUCGUCAGCGUGGUGUUGACCGCCCACGAAGCUAUCCCAGGCGCCACCAAGAUCGUUCCAGUUGAGGCGGGCGCCACGGAGACGGAAGGCGCCGAUCCCGAGGUGGCCCCCCCAGAGCCAGCUCUCCGCAAGGGCUACCAGGAGUACGCCAUUCAGCAGACCCCCUACGAGCAGCCGACGAAGUCCAGCAGGCUCGGCCCCACCCAGCUGAAGAUCUUCACGUGCGAGUACUGCAACAAGGUGUUCAAGUUCAAGCACUCGCUCCAGGCCCACCUGCGCACCCACACCAAGGAGAAGCCCCACCGCUGCCCCCACUGCAGCUACGCCAGCGCCAUCAAGGCCAACCUGAACGUCCACCUGCGCAAGCACACGGGCGAGCGCUUCAGCUGCGACGCCUGCGCCUUCACCUGCCUGAGCAAGGGCCACCUGAAGGUCCACGUGGAGCGCGUGCACCAGAAGAUAAAGCAGCACUGCCGCUUCUGCAAGAAGAAGUACUCGGACGUGAAGAACCUCAUCAAGCACGUGCGCGAGGCCCACGACCCCGAGGAGCCGCGGGUCGCCGGGGCCCUGGACGAGCUGCGCCUCCUGACCCGCGAGGGCAAGAGGCAGCUCCUCUACGACUGCCACGUCUGCGAGCGCAAGUUCAAGAGCGAGCUGGACCGGGACCGGCACAUGAUGGUCCACGGCGACCGCUGGCCCUUCGCCUGCGAGCUGUGUGGCCACGGUGCCACCAGGUACCAGGCGCUGGAGCUGCACGUGCGCAAGCACCCCUUUGUCUACGUGUGUGCGCUGUGCUGGAGGAAGUUCGUCAGCUCCAUCCGCCUGCGCGCCCACAUCCGGGAGGCCCACGCCGAGGCCUCCGAGGCCGCCCUCUUCGCCCGCUCCAUCGACCAGAGCUUCUGCCUGCUGGAGCCCGGCGGGGACCUCCAGCCGGAGGCGCUCGGCCCCCUCCCUCCGACGCCCGCGGCGGGUGGCGGAGGCGGUCCGGGGCCCGGGGACGUCCGGGUCCCCUCGUCUGCAGGUCUGGGCGCCCCGGAGGCGGGCCGUGCCCCCGAGACGGCGGGCGAGCCCACGGCCGGAGGACCGUCGGCGGACGGACCGCCGACAGGCGGACGGUCGACAGACAGGCUGACAGCAGACGGACUGAUGGCAAAUGGAUUGACAGCGGGUGAACUGUUGGUGGGUGGGCUGAUGGGGGGAGAACUGACGGGGGGCGGGCUUUCGGCGGGCGGACUGACAGUGGACGAACUGACCGCAGAUGACCUGACGCUGGACAACGGGGCCUCCGCGCUCCGCUUGCCCAGGGACUCUGAAGGUUUCCUGCUGGGAAGCACCAGUUCUCCCCACCCCGGAGCCCAACCCGCCACCCCCGCCGAGGGCCAGGGCGAAGGGGUGCCCCUGACGUCGCCCCGAGGCCCGGGCCCCGAGCCGGACCCGGAGAGCGCGGGAGCCGAGAGCCCGCUCCCAGCCGGGCACCCGCCGCUUCCCCUGGCCCUGCGGGAAGGGGAGCCCAGCCCGUGCCCCAAGCAGCCCCCCGGGCCGCUCAGCGAGCCCCUUCCUCCAGCGGCGGGGGGCGGCUCGGGGGCGUUCUUGCAGAUCCUGGACGGCUUGCACAAGAGGCAGAUGAACACGGACCUGUGCGAGCGCAUCCGCAAGGUGUACGGCGACCUGGAGUGCGAAUACUGUGGGAAGCUGUUUUGGUACCAGGUCCAAUUAGAUAUGCACAUCCGUACCCACACACGGGAACACCUGUUCCACUGUUCCCAGUGUAGCUACUCGUCCGUCACCAAGAACUGCCUGAAGCGCCACGUCAUCCAGAAGCACAGCAAUGUCCUCCUCGAGUGUCCCACCCAGGGCUGCGGCUACUCCACGCCGGACAAGUACAAGCUGCAGGCCCACCUCAAGGUCCACACCGAGCUGGACAAAAGGAGCUACUCCUGUCCCGUGUGCUCCAAGUCCUUCUCCGAAGAUCGCCUAAUCAAGUCCCACAUCAAGACCAAUCACCCCGAAGUCUCAAUGAACACCAUCUCCGAGAUUCUUGGCCGCAGGGUACAACUGAAAGGACUGAUUGGGAAAAGAGCCGUGAAGUGUCCCUACUGUGAUUUUUAUUUCAUGAAGAACGGCUCAGACCUCCAGCGGCACAUCUGGGCUCACGAAGGUGUGAAGCCGUUCAAGUGUUCCCAGUGCGAGUACGCCACCCGCAGCAAGAGUAAUCUGAAGGCUCACAUGAACCGGCACAGCACCGAAAAGACCCACCUCUGCGACAUGUGCGGCAAGAAGUUCAAGUCGAAAGGCACCUUGAAGAGCCACAAACUGCUCCACACGGCGGACGGGAAGCAGUUUAAAUGCACCGUGUGUGACUAUCAUGCCGCCCAGCAGCCCCAACUCCUCCGCCACAUGGAGCAACACGCCUCUUUUAAGCCCUUCCGCUGUGCCCACUGCCAUUAUUCCUGCAACAUCUCCGGCUCGCUGAAGCGCCAUUACAACCGGAAGCAUCCCAACGAGGAGUACGUUAACGUGGGCACGGGCGAGCUUGCUGCCGAAGCCCUGAUCCAGCAGGGAGGCAUCAAGUGUCCAAUUUGCAGUUUUGUCUAUGGUACCAAGUGGGAAUUCAACAGGCACCUGAAGAACAAGCACAGUCUGAAGCUGGUGGAGAAUGACGGUGGCACCAAGUGGGAGCUCACCACAGAGAUCUCUGAAGAAGCAGCCACCCAGUACCUGCACAUCGCGGAGGCUGAAGAAGAUGCCCAGGGAACCCAGGCGGCAGUAGCAGCCCUGCAAGACCUGCGGUACACAGCUGAGAAUGGGGAGAGGCUGGACCCCACGGCCGUCAACAUCCUCCAGCAGAUCCUCGAGCUGGGCAACGAGAGUCACGACGCCGUCGCCUCCGUCGUGGCCAUGGCGCCAGGGACCGUCACCGUGGUGGAGCAGGUGACGGAAGAGGAGCAGGCGUCCGGCCACACGGUGAUGAUUCAGGAGACCCUGCAGCAGGCGUCGGUGGAGCUGGCCGAGCAACACCACCUGGUCGUGUCCGCGGACGAGGUGGAGGGGAUCGAGACGGUGACGGUCUACACCCAGGGCGGGGAGCCCUCCGAGUUCAUCGUGUAUGUACAGGAGGCCCUGCAGUCCGCUGACCAACCAGCCGCAGACCAGGCCAUGCCGGACCCUUAGGGGCCCACGCCUGGCUGGUCUCAGUCCAAGCAGUAGCUCCUCUUCCUCCGCCGCCCGCCAUCCACCAGUACCUCCCAGUGGGAGCGGCCGCCACGUCAGCUGGGGGUCACUGAUCCGUGAGGUGGGAGGGAGAACCGGACCUCCCCGAGUUUGGUCCUGGGGGAAGACAGCCCUCCGUCGCUCGGGGUUGUCCAGGGGAAUCACUCUGCCUCGUGGUAGUGGCCCCGGCCUCCACCCUGUCCCGGCGAGGGCAAGCGGCGUCUAUCGUUCCGCACACCCGGAUCUCAAGGGUGGGGGCCCUGGGACCGGAGCGGUGGUGGAUGUCUCUGGAGAUAUUCCCAUCAUGCCCCAUAGCUGCCAGCAGCGGGCUCAUGUGACCUCUCACUCUGCCGCAGGGAGCUCUUUGACCCCUCUUCCCUUCGGCUGGCUCUCCUGUCUCCUCCAACCUUCAACCUCCGCGCGCCCCGUCCGCUCCCCGCCCUGGCGAUUCCGACCUGUUCGUUUCCAUUCCGCGUCCCCCGAGCCAAAACGCUUGCCCGCGAGGGUCAGCAUGGCCUGGGGUUGAAGGACUACAGGGCUGUCACUUGCCCACAGCAUCGGCCUGCUGUUUCACAUCCAAGAACGGAAUCCAGACCCAUUAGACUUCGAGUUUCCUGAGCAGUGAGCAAUUUUCGCUUUGAUCUCCUUCUGCGUGGUGCACUCUCUGCUGUCCGCAGAGGAGCCGGGACACAUCUCUCUUCUGCCUUGCCUCUGAUUGCGACAAUAAACGGACCAAACUA